UGUUUGGAUUAUAUUCCUAAUACGUACGUUUUUUCGAAAACUUUAGCAGAGGAUAUCAUACAGGAAUAUUCUUUAUUUUUUCCUUGCGCAAUUGUAAGACCUUCCAUGGUGUUUCCAUCGUUAAAAGAACCAUUUCCAGGGUGGAUAGAUAAUUUGUAUGGUCCAAUAGGAAUGUGUGUUAUAACCGCUAAAGGCUUGUAUCGAGUACACUAUUGUAGUAAAUAUGGCAAUGAAGAUAUAAUUCCAGUAGACAUUGUCAUUAAAACUAUAUUAGUUGUAGCUUGGAAGCUUGGAUUGACUACGUAUAAUAAUCGGUAUAAGUAUACAAGCAUAACUCUAUUUUAUUAUAAACGCAAAAAUUUUCUAUCAUUAUUUAGAAUUAAGGGAAGAGGGGGGGACAAAUAGUGACAGAGGGC